AUGGAUUCUUCCCUUCCAAAGCAAGUGUGUGCAAUCUCUUGGCAUAAGCCAAGUCCUGAAUGGUUUAAAUUGAAAGUGGAAGGGAGUAGCCUUAAUAAUCUUGGAGAAUCUGGUGAUGGUGGUGUGUUAAGAAAUCAUGAUGGAAAGCUGCAAUUUGCAUUUACAGAAUAUACUGGUAUUGGUUCGAAUAAUAGGGUGGAGCUGAUGGUGUUCUUACUUGGUUUGCGACGCUGUAAACUGUAUGGUUUUAACAAUGUUAUACUUGAACUAGACUCCCUUUUGAUAGUUAACUGGUUGAAGGAAGAUCGCUGUAAUGUUUGGUACUUGGAAGAUUUUUGGGAGGAGAUUUGCAGUCUUCUAAGGGACUUGAAUGUGCAAUUUCAACAUGUCUUUAGGGAGGGCAACUCUGCAGUAGACUGGCUUGCACAAUUGGGUAGUAGAGGUUGCACCGAUGAGUUUUCGAAUGAAAAUUUUCCUCAUUUGCUGAAAGGCAUCUUGCGAAUUGAUCGACGUGGCUUGAAUUUGAGAAUUUGCUCUUGA